AAAGAAAAGAGAAAAUAAUGGCGGUUGCAUUGAUUGACUGCUGAGUAAUAUACAGAGAGCAAAAAAGGGAAAAGGAAGAAGAAGCAGAACAAUACCAGCAGCAGCUCUCUUUCACUCCCUCGAUCGAGGGAAGAUCUGAGCCAUUGAUCUGCACAUCACAUCGCCCAUCGGCUCUUCGAAACCGUCUAUCUGAACCCUGAAUUCGCACAUUAAAGGCUCUGUUCUCUGACAGGACCUCUCUAUCGUGCAGAUCCGCACUUUCUAGAGUUUAACAUCGAAUCCUCGCGUUCUUGACGCUCAGGCUAGCAUUUUGUGCUGGAAUGCGCUUUUUUCUGCUCAAAUGCGCACCUUUGUGUUGAAAUACGAGGAUUGUUGUUAAAGUGCACUGCUUUCUGCUAGAAUGCGCGGUUUUCUGAGUUGCAAAUCGUUUACGGAAGCUGUAGACGAGGAUCUGUAGAUUUUCUGGCUUUUGAAGCGGAUAUUUUGAGCUGUGGAGCGUUUUUGCUGGUUUUUCUUCAGUUUCUACUGGUGACAGGGGUUUUCUGGAUUGAAGGUUCUGGAAGCUGUAGGUGUAAAUCUUGGGGUGAUUUUGAGCUUUGCAGUGUUUUCUUGCUGGUUUUCUUCGAUUUCUGCUCAAAAGGGGGUUUUCUCGUUCGAAUUUAGUGCAAGAAGCUGUUAGCUGGAGGUUUUGGAGCUCUUUUUCGGUUUUUGAGACUGUGAGUUUGAGCGAAAGAACUCCAGUUUUGAUUUGUGCUGGAUUUUCUGGUGUAAUGCGUGGUUAUUGGGUGAGAUUUAACGUUUUGAAACCCUAGGUGCCGUGGAGGUCGAUGAUCUAGUGUUUCUGGUGCUAUUUCUCUGGUUUUGAGAUGAAAUGUGAACGUUUUGAGCUAGAAAGUGAUUGAAGCUGUUGUUAUGAAGGUUGGGAUUCUAGGGUUGAAGGUGGUGAAGUUCAGGACUGGAUGAGGUUGAAAACAAGCGUUUCUAUCGGCGGAACUGAUUUUGGAUGAGGGAUAUUUGGGGAAUAUUGGUCGUUAGCAGGGUGUUGUCGGUAAAGGGAAGGGAAGGGAGAGCGUUUGCAGCCAACUGAUUUGUAUUAGCUGAGAAAAAGUUGAAUUUUCAAAUUUUGAUGGAGUUGUCUGAAAUGUGGUAGUUUGUUUUUUGGAGGAGAGGUGAAAGUGACGGUUGGUUGUUUGAUGGAGUGGUUACCGCUUUUAAAGAUUUUGGUCAUUUUCUGAGGAGGAUCUACGUGGAUUUGGGUCUGGUGUUACUCAAUCCGUGUGAAGAUCCUGGAGUCUGCAAAAAUGAAGCUCUCUUCGUCUGGCUUCAGUCAUCAGCCUCAGGAAGGAGAAAAACGAUGCCUGAAUUCUGAACUUUGGCAUGCAUGCGCUGGCCCUCUUGUGUCUUUGCCUGCUGUUGGAAGCCGUGUUGUUUAUUUCCCACAAGGUCAUAGCGAGCAGGUGGCUGCUUCAACCAAUAAGGAAGUUGAUGCCCAUAUACCUAAUUACCCAAGCUUACCUCCUCAAUUGAUCUGUCAGCUUCACAAUGUGACAAUGCAUGCAGACGUGGAGACGGAUGAAGUGUAUGCUCAAAUGACCUUGCAGCCAUUAAGUCCGCAAGAGCAAAAGGAUCCCUAUCUACCUGCCGAGUUGGGUAACCCCAACAAACAGCCGACCAAUUAUUUUUGCAAGACAUUGACUGCUAGUGACACAAGUACUCAUGGUGGAUUUUCUGUUCCUCGCCGGGCAGCUGAAAAAGUGUUUCCUCCACUGGAUUUUUCUCAGCAGCCUCCUGCUCAAGAACUGAUAGCAAGAGAUCUUCAUGAUAAUGAGUGGAAAUUUCGUCAUAUAUUUCGCGGUCAGCCUAAGAGACAUCUUCUUACAACUGGAUGGAGUGUGUUUGUAAGUGCAAAGAGGCUUGUUGCAGGUGAUUCGGUCCUUUUCAUCUGGAAUGAAAAGAAUCAGUUACUCCUGGGAAUCCGGCGUGCUAAUCGGCCACAAACAGUCAUGCCUUCGUCAGUUUUAUCAAGUGAUAGCAUGCACAUAGGGCUCCUUGCUGCUGCAGCUCAUGCAGCAGCCACAAAUAGUCGUUUCACUAUUUUUUAUAACCCAAGGGCAAGCCCAUCUGAAUUUGUCAUACCUCUAGCCAAAUAUGCUAAAGCAGUCUACCACACCCGUGUUUCAGUUGGCAUGCGCUUUCGGAUGCUAUUUGAAACAGAAGAGUCAAGUGUGCGUCGGUACAUGGGCACAAUAACUGGCAUAGGUGAUUUAGAUCCUGUUCGUUGGCCAAACUCACAUUGGCGCUCUGUGAAGGUUGGCUGGGACGAAUCAACAGCUGGAGAGAGGCAGCCGAGAGUAUCGUUGUGGGAAAUCGAGCCUUUAACCACAUUUCCAAUGUAUCCAUCUCCAUUCCCCCUUCGGUUGAAGCGACCAUGGCCGCCUGGACUGCCAUCUCUACAUGGCGGCAAGGAUGAUGAUCUGGGUCUGAAUUCUCCCCUCAUGUGGCUCCGAGGAGAUGGGGUUGAUCGGGGGAUUCAGUCUCUGAAUUUCCAGAGUAUUGGAAUGACACCCUGGAUGCAACCAAGACUCGAUGCUUCUCUAUUAGGUCUGCAGCCUGAUAUGUACCAAGCAAUGGCGGCAGCAGCACUUCAGGAAAUGAGGAAUGCAGAUCCUCUGAAGCAGGCAUCUCCAUCUCUUCUGCAGUUCCAGCAACCUCACAAUAUUCCUAAUCGUUCUGCGUCUCUAUUACAGAGUCAGAUUUUGCAGCAAUCUCAACCUCAAUCAUCACCAACCUUUCUUCAGAACAUCCCAGGGAACCAAACUCAGUCCCAAUCUCAGGCCCACCUUCUUCAGCAUCAGUUGCAGCAUCACCACUCAUUCAAGGAUCACCUGCAGCAGCCUCAGCAGCAGCAACAACAGCAACAGCAACACCACCACCACCAGCUGCAGCAGCAGCAUCAACUAUCUGAUCAGCAACAGAUCCCAAAUGUAGUCUCAUCACUGUCUCAGCUAGCAUCAGCUUCUCAGACCCAGACUCCAUCUUUGCAAGCCAUAUCUUCAUUGUGCCAGCAGCAGACUUUUCCAGACUCGAAUGGAAAUGCUGUUGCUACAGCUGGGCUCUCUCCUCUACAUAGUAUUCUGGGCUCAUUCUCCCAGAAUGAUACAUCCCACCUUCUUAACCUGCCAAGAAACAACUCGCUAAUCCCCUCUUCUUCUGCCUGGUUGCCCAAGCAAGUUACAGUUGAAUCUACUCUCUCUUCUGGAGCCCAGUCUGUUCUGCCCCAGGUAGAUCAGUUGGGCCCACCGCAGCCGAAUGUCUCUCAACAUUCUGUAUCACUGCCACCAUUUCUCGGAAGAGAGUGCUCAGUGGACCAAGAAGGUAGCGCAGACCCUCAGAACCAUCUUCUCUUUGGGGUGAACAUAGACUCCUCAGCUCUUCUAAUGCAGAACAACAUGUCAAGCCUCAGAGGCGUUAGCAGCGAGACUGAUUCAACCACCCUGCCAUUUUCUGCUUCUAGUUUUCUGAGUGGCGCGGGAACUGAUUUCCCACUGAAUCUGGCAAUGACAACUUCCAGCUGCUUGGAUGAAUCGGGUUUUUUGCAGUCGCCGGACAAUGUGGGCCAAGUGAACCCACCAACCAGAACCUUUGUGAAGGUUCACAAGUUAGGGUCCUUUGGGAGGUCACUGGACAUAACCAGGUUCAGCAGCUACAAUGAGCUGCGCAGUGAGCUCGCCCAUAUGUUUGGCCUUGAAGGCCAGUUGGAGGACCCUCUGAGAUCAGGCUGGCAGCUUGUAUUUGUCGACCGGGAGAACGAUGUUCUUCUCCUCGGAGACGAUCCCUGGCAGGAGUUUGUAAACAAUGUUUGGUGUAUUAAAAUCCUCUCACCCCAAGAAGUGCAGCAGAUGGGUAAACAAGACCUCGAGCUUCUGAAUUCAGUCCCAAUCCAAAGGCUCUCAAGCAGCAGCUGUGACAACUACGUGGGCCAUCAGGACUCAAGAAAUCUUACUGGGAUCAUGUCUGUGGGGUCGUUGGACUACUGAAGAAGGGGGGGAGAUAAUAGAUCACCAGCCAACCUCUUCUGCAAUGUUAGCUUGCCUUUCCAUCAAGGAGAGUAGAAGCUCACCGCUGCCUAAGUUAAUGAAUAUUUCUGUAUUAUAAUAUGAUAUCCACAUAUAACAACAAUUAGUAUACACAUACAACACGUAUGUACGUAAUUAUUAGGGGGAGACCGAAUGUUGUUAAGAUGGCAGUUUGUCUUUUUAUUUUAUUAUUAUUAUCCUGCAAUGUAUUCUGAACUGAGGUUUCAGGAGGAGAUGGGCCACAGAACUUGUAAGGAUCAGUCAUGGAUAUUCGAGGGUAGCGAGACUCUGGACAACUAAUACUGGCAAUCAGUUGGAUUUUACUUUUUUAA